AUGAUGAAACCUGGGAAAAUGAGAGAAAUUGCAGAUGAGAUGGACAGAUUCAAAAUAGAUUUAGCAGCCCUUCAGGAAAUCAGAUGGAAAGAUACUGGAAUAAUAAAAAAGGAAGACUACAUAGUUUACUAUAGCUGCAGUAAAAAUAGAACCGGGCAAUAUGGUACAGGUUUUAUGGUUAUGAAAAAAUUAUCAAAAUGCGUAUUGGGCUUUACACCUACAAAUGAAAGAUUAUGCUCUUUAAGAAUCAAAGGGAAAUUCAAUAACAUAACUGUAAUUUCGGCACAUGCUCCUACCGAAGAUUCCCACGAAACAGAAAAAGAUUAUUUUUAUGAUAAAUUGGAAGAGAUAUGUAACAAUGUAAGCGGACAUGAUACAGUUUUAAUACUGAGCGACUUCAAUGCCAAGAUAGGCAAGGAGGUCUUUGCCAGGGAAGUUGCUGGCCAACACUCCCUUCAUGAUACAACAUCACCAAAUGGGGAAAGACUUUGCCAUCUUGCUUCGGGUACAUCGACAUAUAUAGUUAGCACACAUUUUCCGCAUAAAAAUAUACAUAAGGGUACAUGGAAGGUACCAGGAAGCAGUACUGUGAACCAAAUAGACCAUGUACUCGUAUCUAAAAGAUGGAUGUCAUCAAUACUAGACGUAAGGGCCUGCCGAGCUGCAAACUGUGAUAGCGAUCACUACAUGAUCCGAAUUAAAAUCAGACAAAGGAUCUCAAACGUUGGAAAGAAUAGGGGUCAAAAAAGAAAUAAAUACGACACAGAUAAAUUAAAAGACGAGAACACACUCACAAGAUAUAGAAAUAAAAUUGAAGAGCAGCUCAACAACAUCCAACAAACAGCGCAGGCCAAUAACAGUAUCAAUCAGGAAUGGGAAAAUUUGAGUAAAACAUUAGUAACUUGCACAAUGGAAACGCGUACAGCCAUAAAAAAAAGAGUAGAAGAAAUCAAUUCAGCGCAUAAUAGCAAGAGCAUAAGAAAAUUCUAUGCUAAUUUAAAACAUGAAAAAGCUGGAUUCCAACCAAAAUUAAUAAAUGUUAAAGACAAGGACGGUAUUAUAUUAACUGAAAAAAUGCAAAUACUUAACAGAUGGAAGCAAUAUUUUCAAGAGUUAUUGAAUACAGAAUCAAGGGAAGAAACAACACAAUGGGUGGCAGCGGGGGAUCAGGAGGAACGUGUCGAUGAGCCUUCUAUGGAUGAAGUGCUCAACUCCAUUGAUUCUCUAAAGGCACACAAAUCACCAGGAGAAGAUUCAAUAACAACAGAGAUGAUAAAAAACGCAGGCAGUCGGUUUCAUGAAUCUGUUAAUGGGCUAGUACGCAGAAUUUGGAGUGAGGAAAUAAUGCCCGAAAACUGGAACGUCGCUUUUAAACAAGCAUUCGAUAGUAUCAAAAGGAAUACAAUUACAACGGCUCUGUCGAGUCUUGGUAUUCCAUCAAAAUUGAUUAGACUAGUCAUGAUGACACUAAAUGGAACCAAAGCCCGAGUAAUGGUGCAGAAUGAAGUUUCAGAGGUUUUUACGUUUGGCGCUGGCGUCAAACAAGGUGAUACUCUUUCACCAACUAUUUUUAAUUUGGUACUACAUUAUGCGAUUCGACAUUUGUACAGAAAUGGAAAUAUAAUAUAUAGAUCAACUCAAAUAGGCGCAUAUGCAGAUGAUAUAAUUAUAAUGGUUAAGCGAUUACAGGACCUAAAAGAAAUCUUCACGGAGUUGGAAGAAUCUUGUUUAAAUAUUGGUCUAACAAUAAACGAAAAUAAAACAAAAUAUCUUAAAGUAUCGCGAUCGAAUAGUAGAAGAACCGUAGAAAAUAUUGUUAUUGGGAGAUAUAAUUUUGAAGGCGUAAGCGAGUUUUCGUAUCUAGGUGCUCAAAUAAAUAAUAUGAACGACACAAAUAGAUGCAUCCAAAGUAGAAUAUUAGCAGGAAAUAAAUGUUACUACGCUUAUGAGAAAUUGUUUAAAUCCAAACUACUUACCAGAACCUGCAAACUUCAAAUGUACAAAAGAUUGAUUAGGCCGGCCGUAACUUAUGGUGGCGAGGUAUGGACGCUCACCGUGGCAGAUGAGAAUAUGUUACGUAUAUUUGAAAGAAAAAUUCUAAGAAAAAUUUAUGGACCCAAGCAGGAUGAUACUGGAAAAUACUACAUGAGAUCAAACGCAGAACUACUUAAUCUAAUUAGGGGUGAAGAUAUUGUACGCUUCGUCAAAAGUCAAAGAAUCAAGUGGGCCGGGCAUGUGUAUAGAAUGCCGGAAGACAGACUGCCAAAAUCAAUAAUGAGGGCUAUACCAAUGAAUACGCGCAGCAGAGGCAGACCUAGGCUCAGAUGGAAAGAUAAUAUAGAACAGGACUUGAGAAAAGUUGGGGUUACCAACUGGAGAAGCUGUGCAGCCGACAGAAAUCUUUGGAGGAUGAUUGUACAACAGGUCAAGGCCCACCCCGGGCUGUAG